GAGACUCAGAGCCACAGCAGCCUGCUGUCUCACAGAGCAAGAGGGUAUCAGGAGCAGCCAAGUCGUCUCCCUCUCUGCCUCUGUGAAGGGCGCGAAUGGGCAGAGCAGAACUUCUAGAAGGGAAGAUGAGCACCCAGGAUCCCUCAGAUCUGUGGAGCAGAUCCGAUGGAGAAGCUGAGCUGCUCCAGGACUUGGGGUGGUAUCACGGCAGCCUCACACGCCAUGCAGCCGAAGCACUUCUCCUCUCAAAUGGAUGUGACGGCAGCUACCUUCUCAGAGACAGCAAUGAGACCAGCGGGCUGUACUCUCUCUCUGUGAGAGCCAAAGAUUCUGUUAAACACUUUCACGUUGAAUAUACUGGAUAUUCAUUUAAAUUUGGCUUUAACGAAUUCUCGUCUUUGAAGGAUUUUGUCAAGCAUUUUGCAAAUCAGCCUUUGAUUGGAAGUGAGACGGGCACUCUGAUUGUUCUAAAGCACCCCUACCCAAGAAAAGUGGAAGAACCCUCCAUUUAUGAAUCUGUCCGAGUUCACACGGCGAUGCAGACGGGAAGAACAGAAAAUGACCUUGUGCCUACGGCACCUUCUCUCGGCACCAAAGAAGGUUACCUCACCAAACAGGGAGGCCUGGUCAAGACAUGGAAAACAAGAUGGUUUACUCUGCACAGGAAUGAACUGAAAUACUUCAAAGAUCAGAUGUCACCAGAACCAAUUCGGAUCCUGGACCUAACAGAAUGUUCAGCUGUACAAUUUGAUUAUUCACAAGAAAGGGUAAACUGUUUUUGCUUGGUAUUUCCAUUCAGGACAUUUUAUCUCUGUGCAAAGACCGGAGUAGAAGCUGAUGAGUGGAUCAAGAUAUUACGCUGGAAAUUGUCACAAAUAAGAAAACAGCUCAACCAAGGGGAAGGCACAAUCCGAUCUCGGUCAUUCAUCUUUAAAUAGAUCUUUCUUGCCAAGGAAUGCUCUGGCCCAGGAGCAAGGCGAAUGUUCCCUGAUGCUGUGAUCUGCAGCAGGCUUCAAAUGAAAACUAAGGAUUUUCCUUUAAAAAGAAAUCAGAAGCAGAUGUUGAUUGGGAUCCAUACACCAUGUUGCUGACUCACGGAAAACUGCUGCCCUUCCAACAUGUUUGCCAACUCCUUGAGAAUACUGACACCAUUCUGACAGAAAGUGCUUAAUCCACCACUCUUAGGUCUGCUCACUCUUAGAACACACAAUGUACGAGGAAGGUUUUUUGUUUUCACUCAUUGUGGUCCCAAGCCAAUUGACACUAGUUGCCUAGAGUCCCACUGAGUCACGGUCAGCCUGUUUGAGACCCAGGUUGUGCUAUUAACCAGGAAGGAAACAGGUACUUGGGGGUUUAGAAGACUUCUGUAGGAUUUAUAUUGUGAUAGCAAACAUCAAAUAUUUUCAGGAAAGAGGUUUUUUUUUUUUUUCUCCCUCUGUUAUGCAAAAAACAAAACAUUUCCAAAACUAAAAUGGAAAAUGCUUGUGGUAUUUAUUUUCUCUUUUUAAAAUGCUCAGAAAUUUGGUGGGUCCUUUGCUUCUAAUGAUGAAACUGUGAGAGCUAAAUGUCCUAUGGGUGAUUAGGUAGUAUAAUAAAGGUAAAUGAAGUCACAAUUUUAAAAACAUUAUUUUCACCCUUUUUGGGGUAAAUGUUUUAAAGAGUGAGAAAACAAAUUAAAGAAGGGUGAUAAAGUAGUAGAUAACUUUUAGUUUAAUAAUAAUAAUUAUUAUAGCAAUAAUAAUAGAGCACUUGUAAGCACUAAGUUAUCUUUAUCCAACAUUUCUCCAAAUGGACUGAAAGAAACUUCACAAGGAAAAUAUAUUAUAACAAUUCCUCUUCCAGAUUUAGUUGUAUAGAGUUGGCCCAAGAGAUGUAAGAAGAAUCUUGCAUUGCUCCCUAAGCACCCCGGGCCUUAUUAAAGAGCAACUUUCAUUUCCAGUUGGGGGAGUAACACUAAAGCUACAUGAAAUACGUAAUAAUAUGUAAUAAUAUGUUACAAAGCUUUUUCAAACUUAUAUAGGGAGACAAAUAGAAGAAUGAGAUACUGGUGUCCACAGCUCAUUGGCAGACUCUAACCCCUUUGUUUAGAAAGAAGUUUGAAAGGGGAUAAAAAUGCUUGAAGAGCCUGAGAGUAAAAAGAUCAUGGUGCAAAGCUGUGAUAUAAACUGCUACUGCAGUCCAAAGGGAUACCUUUCUAAAGAAGUUUCUUAUUUAAACAUCUAAGACUCAGAAAUUACAUUAAAGUUUUGAAUAUUUCAACAACAUUUUAAAUGUAUUUUUAAAUGUUUGUUAUAUGGGAUAAAGCAAAUGUCGAAUUAAAA